CACAGAAAUGCAUGUCCCGCGCUCACUCGAAGCACCUGUUUGCGCGCUGCUCAGCUCGGGACAUUUCUAGAUCUUACCGAGAUGUCAAACGCGGACAGAGUCGUGUUAGCUCUCGGUGGAGCGGGCGUAGUGGGAUCCGGCGUCGUGAAGGCGCUUCUCGAUAAAGGUUUCAAGGUUGCUGUUAUAUCCAGAGACGGCAACAGACUGGAGAAACUGAAGGCAUUCGUUUCACCGUCCACCAAAGACAGACUAAUCACUGUGGUUGGAAACAUAGGCUCGGAGGAGGGGGCGGAGGUAGCGAGGCAGGCUCUGCUGAAGGCGGCUGGGAAGGUGACUGAUGUGGUAUCCUCCCUGGGCUUCAGCUGGUGGCAGGGGGGGCCUCCCCACACCCAGACUCUCAAGGAGCUGAACUGGGUCCUGGAGACACUUUUGUUGAGCACCUUCGUGUCCUGGAAGGCUUUCUUCCCGCUGGUAAAAGACAACCCUAGUGGCACCUACACCUUUAUCACAGGGGGCGCCGGUGAGAAGCUGCUGAUGCCGGGUACUGGAUUCCUGACACUGGGGGCAGCGAGCGCACUGGCGUUCUGCCAGGUGCUGCGGGAGGAGUACGCAGAGGUGCCCUGCAAACUCAUCCAGCUGAAGGUGAACAGCGGUGUGGCAGCGCCGGAGCGUAUGGCCCCCGGCUACCUGAGCCACCUGGAGCUGGGGGAGGCUGUGGCUCGCGUGGUCGAGCAGAGGAGCGCGGCUCAUAGAGUCUUUACUAUCAACUGCCCGGCUGAUCUGAGAAACAUCCCCUCGGAGGGCGGCAUGUGAGCCCCCAACCCCACACUCCGCUACCCCCUAGAUGCCUCCCCAAAAUCACUAGCACCGAACUAACACAAUACCUGCCUAUUCAUUCUGAAAAUUAAUAUCCUAAGCAAAACCUUCAGGACUUUUGGGAAGAUAAACCAUUAUAUGAUCAUGCAAAACUCCCAGUACAUUUUAAAAUCAUAUACAUUACAUAACAUUUUGUUAAUACAUACCACUAUAUCUCCAUGCAACACCCCCGGUACAUUUUGACAAUAUAAUCCACUGUAUAACUGCACAAUAUUGCGAAUACAUUUUAGUAAUAUAUAUCACUAUAUCACCUUGCAACACCCCCGGUACAUUAUGACAAUAUAAACCACUGUAUAACACCUUCAAUACAUUUUGGUAAUAUAUAGCACAUCAUCACCGUGCAACACCCCCAGAAUAUUUUGGUAAUAUAUACCACUGUAUCACUGUAUCCAGGAUAUUGACAAUAUAUCCCAGUAUUUCACUGUGCAAAAUGCCCACUACAGUUUGUUGGCCUAUACUGCUAUACAUAUACCACCAUGCAAUGACACCCCACGCUUUUAAAAUAUACCAUUUACCACAGCAAACUAGCAUGACAUGCCAAAUUUUUACCAAACACAGAACCCCUACCCUCAGCAGUGUUUUCUUAUAAUGAGAAUGUAACUUUAACUGUACAUCCAUUUCAAAUUUGGCGAAAUACUGUGUUUAAGAAACUGACCAUAUUUAUAUAAAUAUUGAUACUUUGCACUCUGCGACUUGUUUUGGUCCCCGCGUUUCUCAAAAUCACAAGGGUAGUAAAUGAUUAGCAGUACCAUAGUGCAGAACAGAUGAAAACACUUUGGUGACUCAAAAGGUUUUGAGAUACUGGUCCCAGUGGCACCUAAUAAUAUUGUCUUAAUCCAGGCAAUAUGAACGGUGCCCCCACCUCCCCAGACUUGGCACAGUCACUGUAGUAGAGGCAUUCAGUCAAGAUUUGAUAAAAUGACACUUUACCACUGGCUGAACUCCUUGAUGGGAGAAUAGAGCCGUUAAUCCUCCUCCCCCAAUGGGUGGGAAUAAUGUGGGAAGUCAGUCUCCGAGAGGUUUAGCCACCCAAUGGUCGCUUUGCAGGAUUCCGUUGGGAUUAACCAGUCAGCAAUCGAUGGCAUGAAUGUAAAAACAUCCUUCCUCCCAUAAGCACUUCCUGUCCCAAUCGCCAGGCUGCCACAACACUGCCUUAUAUAGCUCAUACCUAUUACCUUCCUGUUUGGGAUUCAUACUAAUGUCUCUUACCAUCACCUCAUUUGCAAGUUUCAAUAAAUUGUGUUUGUAAGAAAA